AUAAUCCACAAAACACAUUCAUUCAUUCUUUGUUUCUUGUUUUUGUCACCAAAAUUAAUUAGAACAAUCAUCUUCAAUUAAUUCACACAAACAGAACCAAGCAUUACAUUAACAUUAACAUUAACAGAGUCAUGAGAUAUCUUUUGUUUACUCUCUUGUUCCCUUUACUUUCCUCAUUGAUAAGAAUCUCUUUAUCAGAAAGCAACUUAGAAGUGAUUACUACUACACCACAGAUUGGUUCAUUGAAUAGGAAUGAUUUCCCUGAAGGCUUUAUCUUUGGCACGGCAUCUUCUGCUUAUCAGUAUGAAGGCGCCGCAUCCGAAGGUGGAAGAGGACCGAGUAUAUGGGAUACAUUUACUCAUAGAUAUCCAGAAAAAAUUGAUGAUGGAAAAAACGGAGACGUUGCAGUUGAUUCAUAUCAUCGCUAUAAGGAAGAUGUUGCGAUCAUGAAGGAUAUGAACUUGGAUGCAUAUAGAUUUUCCAUAUCUUGGUCUAGGGUACUUCCAAAUGGAAAACUAAGUGGAGGAAUUAAUCAAGAAGGAAUCGACUAUUACAACAACCUCAUCAAUGAAUUGCUCGCAAAUGGUUUACAACCAUUUGUAACUCUUUUUCAUUGGGAUCUUCCUCAAGCUCUAGAAGAUGAAUAUGGCGGCUUCUUAAGUCCCCUCAUCAUAAAAGACUUCCAAGAUUAUGCGGAACUUUGCUUUAAAACAUUCGGUGAUAGGGUAAAACAUUGGAUUACUUUGAAUGAGCCAUGGACUUAUAGUCGAGAUGGGUAUGCAAACGGAGAAAUGGCACCAGGUCGAUGCUCUUCUUCCUUGAAUCCAAAUUGCACCGGUGGUGAUUCUGGAACAGAACCUUAUUUAGUUUCACACAAUCAACUUCUAGCUCAUGCAGCAGUUGUUAAUGUGUACAAGACCAAAUAUCAAGUCUCACAAAAUGGUUUAAUUGGUAUUACAUUGGUCAUUAAUUGGUUUGUGCCGCACUCAGAUAACAAACUUAAUCAAAAGGCUACUCAACGAGCUAUCGAUUUUAUGUUUGGGUGGUUUAUGGAUCCCUUAACUAAUGGAGAUUAUCCAAAAAUCAUGCGAGCGUUGGUCAAAUCACGAUUGCCAAAGUUUACUAAAGAGCAAUCUAGACUAGUUAGCGGUUCAUUUGAUUUCAUUGGGAUAAAUUACUACGCUUCUUGUUAUGCUUCUGAUGCACCUCAAUUAAGCAAUGCCCCAGCAAGUUACCUAACCGAUUCUCUUACUCAAUAUUCAUUCGAACGUGAUGGAAAAUUCAUUGGUAUAAAUGUUGCUUCAGAUUGGUUGUAUGUUUAUCCAAAAGGAAUUCGGGACUUUUUGAUACAAGUUAAAGAGAAAUACAACAACCCGUUAAUUUAUAUUACUGAGAAUGGUAUAAAUGAGUACGACGAUCCAUCAUUAUCACUUGAGGAAUCUCUUCUUGAUACUUAUAGAGUUGAUUAUCACUACCGUCAUCUAUUUUAUCUUAGAGAGGCAAUUAAAGCUGGUGUAAAUGUAAAAGGAUAUUUUGCAUGGUCUUUGUUGGACAAUUUUGAAUGGCACAAGGGUUAUAUCGUUCGAUUUGGAAUGACCUUUAUAGAUUACAAAAAUGGUUUGAAAAGAUAUCAAAAGCUCUCGGGACUAUGGUUCAAGAAUUUUCUCACACCGAAAACCAAACUUUACAUAGAUUCCAUUUAAUAGUACUACAAAAUUCUUUAUAGACACCAUAUAUAAUUGUAAACCCAAUAAUUUCAUUUAAUUAUUUCAUUUUUUAAUAUAACAAGAAUACCAUCUGUAAUUGAAUGUAAAUAUAUUAGUUAUAAAUUGAUCUCAUUUGUUGAUUUUAUUUGUAACUUGUAAUUUCAUUUUGCAUCUCCUUAAAAAUUGGAGGAAAUUAAUAGACAUUUUACUUCAUUAAUAAGUUAUUUCUUUUUUUUUAAAAAAAAUUGUUUUUGAAUUUAAUAAAAAGUCAGAGAAAAUUAUAUUAAAUACAUAAUUUGUGUUGGU